CGACAAUCGCAGCAAACAGCAGGCAAAAUGGGUUUGAAGGGCGACGAUAUCGCAAAGCACAACAGUGCCGACUCUUGCUGGGUCAUUGUUCACGGCAAAGCCUACGAUGUGACGGACUUCUUGCCUGAGCACCCCGGUGGCUCAAAAAUCAUCCUCAAGUACGCCGGCAAAGAUGCGACGGAAGAGUUCGACCCCAUCCAC